AUGUACACCAACGCCGUCUACUUCCCCAACGAGAGGAUAUACCAAGGCGACACACCUGCGGCAAUGAACUACGGAUGUAUCAACCAUGUGUACUAUGCGUUUGCGAAUGUCUCGCCGGAUGGUGGUGUUUUCCUCAGCGAUGAGUGGGCGGAUGCCCGCGCACCAGUCGAUGGCGUCCAAGGGGGACUAGGAUCUCUUAUGCAUCUCAAGCAACAACAUCCGCACCUGCAAGUUAUUUUGUCCAUUGGCGGUGGCAACUCGGCCGCCAUCUUUCCCUUGGUAGCUGCGAAUACGUUGUACAGAGACAACUUCGCCAGGUCUGCGAGAGGUCUGGUGGAUGCGUCUGGCUUGGACGGCAUCGAUAUCGUCUGGGAGUAUCCUUGCGACUCGCAACAGGGUCACCACUUCCUCGCCCUGCUUGCGGCAGUCCGCCUUCAUAUGCCAGAAAGCCACUACCUCCUCACCGCCGCUUUGCCAGCGGGCAGGGCGGUUCUUCAGUACAUCGACUUGAGACGGACAGCCGACUACCUCGACUUCAUCAACCUGAUGGCUUACGACUUUGCCGGGUCUUGGACUCACAGAAGUGGUCACCACGCCCAACUCUACGCGAUGAGCAAAGACGAGACUUCGGGAGCCUCGGGAGUGCAGUAUCUGGUUUCUCAAGGGUUUCCCUCGCAGAAGAUUCUUCUCGGCAUUCCUCUCUACGGGCGCAGUUUCCUGCACGCAGCUGGGCCGGGGCAGAAGUUCAAGGGAGUCGGCGGGGACAACGGUACAUUCGACUACAACCAGCUCCCGCGCCGUGGAACAAAAGAGGUUGUGGAUAAGAAGCACAUCGCAGCUCAGUGCCUCGGAGCCGACGGCGGGUUCGUGACAUACGACAAUCCCGACACGGUGAAGUUGAAGGCGGCGUUUUGCAAGCAGAAGAGCCUGGGAGGACUCUUCUACUGGAGCGGGCCAUUAGAUGCCAAGGACAGCUCCCGCAGUCUCAUCGCGACUGGUUUCAGGGCUCUGCAUAGCUCCUGA